AGCGGUAUUUUGGUCUUUCGCCUGGUCUUUUCUUUCUUGUUGGCUGUUGCCUAUGGACGCUCUGGACCAUGUCUGCCCAAUCGUCAGCUGAGGACCGCCUGAAGAAGUCCAGUUCGUUAUGGGAAUCGACUUUGCGCAAGAAAAACUCUUCGUCAUGGAAAGUGGGGGAAAUGAGGCUGUACCUGCAGCUGAAAGGCGAAGACGACUCUGGAAAGAAAGCUGACCUGCAAAAGAGAGUGUCGGCACUGCUGCUGUCUGGGACUGUGACUGGUGAGCUUGAGGAUGACACCGCUGGAGCCUCGUCAUCUGAUGUCCGUUUUCCUGACAGAGGAUGGAAGAAGCUGGUGGAUGUGACGCAGGAGGAGCUGAAGAUGAAGUUCUCAAUCUUCUCCCUCAUGGACUACUUCAUGUGCAGGAAGUCGUCUGAUGGUCUGGAUGCUGACGACAUGAGAGCUGUGUCCUCCCAUAGCUUUGGACUCUACAGCAAGAAGUACUGCCGAGAUGGAGAGAGAUGA